CUUGCAAACUAUUUAUGUAGGAUGGCUUGCAUUCCAUUGAAGAAGGUCUGUCCUGACCAUUCGCGCUGGAAAGUGAAGGUCAGAGUAGUUCGGUUCAAUGAGAAGUUCACAAAUGACCAGCCCCCGAAACUUUCCAGAUUCGAAUUCAUCAUGCUGGAUGAGGAGAAUGUUGCCAUGGAGGCUGUUAUCCCAACCAAAUGGAUUGACCAGCAGAGGCCUAGACUUACAGAAGGAAGGGUGUACACCAUACAAUACUUUGAAAUUUGUAAUGCGAGAGCGAUAUAUCGGUCUGUUGAUCACCCAUACAUGGCUCGCUUCACCAAAUACACCGACGUCACUGAGGUCAGCGCAGUUCCGCCAAACUUUCCGCUGUAUGCGUGCUGCAUCACGCCUUAUGCUGUUCUCCGUGAUAGAGUGGGUCGCAAAGAACAAAUGUCAGAUGUUAUCGGACUGUUUACCAAGUGCUCACGCAUUUCCAAGCAAUCAACAAGGAAUGGAAUACAAUCAUUGAUUAAUGUCUACAUUACUUAUGGCAGGCAUCCAUAUGCAAUACAGAGCAUGUAAUUUUAUGAAUUUAAAUUUUAGCUUUCCCAUAGAAUGAUCCACUGCACCUUGGUACUUUCAGAGACAAUGCUGUGGUGUCUUUGUGGGGCUCCCAGGCGGAGAGGUUUGAUGCCGGUGCCCUCAUGGAAAUGGGCAAAAACACUCCUGUGGUGCUCCUUUUUGUUGGUGUGACUUCAAACAUAUUUGAUGGUACGUGCCUUUGCUAUUUUACUGUGACUUAUCAGCUCUUACCAGUUAACUGAACUUCCAAUGUCAAAUAAGGUCGCCUUGCGCUCUAGUGCUC